AGGUUUUUUACUACACGACAAGCACCGCUCGAUGAACUUGUUCCCGACAAAAUAUCCUCAAUCUGGUCCUCGUAACACGUGGACGGUGGGAUUCACACUAUUUGCCACGGGAAAUUUGACGCCCGACUCUAGUUAAAAAAAAUACACUACAGUUCUUCACCUUCUCUCCCCUUCUUAACUUAACCAUGGUUAACUGGCGCCGCUUUAGCCUAGUUGGUAUUUUCUAUUUACUCAUUCGAUAUCAUUACUCUCUUUCUGCCUUGUGUACACACACACAGACAGCGGCUCAGAAUGUUGACCAGUGAUCCUUGUGUUGUGUUUCAUAGGAAUAUAGAAUAGCCUUGUAUUGAGAACUUGAGAUGAGAGUGAUCUUUCAGUUUCCAAGUAGAAGAGACUAAAACAGUUUAUUAUACUCAUUUCAUUGAAUUGAUUCAGCAGCUAUGACGGAACCUCAUAAUAAUCCUUCACCACCGCUACUUUCUACAGCUACCGGAGAAGCUACCGUCGCAAUCCCACCGCCACCGCCCAAAAAGAAGCGAAGCCUACCUGGAAUGCCAGAUCCGGAUGCUGAGGUGAUUUCUUUGUCGCCGAAGACUCUGUUGACGACGAACCGUUUCGUGUGCGAGAUCUGCAACAAGGGAUUCCAACGCGACCAGAACUUGCAGCUUCACCGGCGAGGCCAUAACCUGCCGUGGAAGCUCCGGCAGCGAGAGAGCAAAGAAAUCCGAAAGAAAGUGUACGUGUGCCCCGAGGCUUCCUGCGUCCACCACAACCCGUCGAGGGCGCUGGGUGACCUCACCGGCAUAAAGAAGCACUUUUGUAGAAAACACGGCGAGAAGAAGUGGAAAUGCGAACGUUGCUCCAAGAAAUACGCCGUACAGUCCGAUUGGAAAGCCCAUAUGAAAACUUGCGGAACCAGAGAGUACAGAUGUCACUGCGGCACCUUGUUCUCAAGGAGGGAUAGCUUCAUGACGCACAGAGCUUCUUGCAAUGUCUUAGCGGAAGAGAGUGGCGGGCCCAAAACACUAGCUGCUUCCCCCCCUACGCCUCCACUUACUCCCUCUUCACAUGUGGUGUCUCCAUCUUUGUCCAUUCACAGCUCAGACAUUCCGGAAAAUCCAACGAGGCUGUCGCCGACGUCAACGAGUUUGGUUAACCCUGUCCCAACCGGAACCCCUACAAGUUCUACUACUUGUAGCACUGUUUUUGCAAGUGUGUUGACAUCCUCAACAGCACCAUCAACUUCCUCAUUCUCAAAUCUCAUGUCAAGCUUGGCUUGCUCAGAUUGUCCCACUUCCAUUUCUACCAUAGAACCCACAUCCCUCUCUCUCUCCACAUCACUCUAUCUCUCCAACAAUGAACAAUCCCUAUUCCCGGAUCAACAUGAUCUUCGCCACUACACUGCACCACAACCUGCGUUAUCUGCUACAGCAUUACUCCAAAAGGCAGCUCAAAUGGGUGCAUCCAAUGCAUCCUUGCUUCGGGGUUUAGGCUUAACAACAACAUCUUUCUUCGGGAAAGAUGACACCACAACAACACAAUGGAAUGGUUAUGUUAAGCAAGAGGCAGAUGAUAACCUCGGGCUUGGACUUCCAUGUGGAAAUGAGGGUGUGAUGAUGGGCUCGUCUCCUCCAUUUGUUGGCCAGCCCAUGACUCGUGAUCUUCUUGGUCUAAGCAUCGGUGUGGGGGCAAGCAGGGGUGGUCUUUCUGCUUUACUUACCCCUUUUGAAGGGAACUUGGAUUCAUCUGGGGAUAGAGGAGUUCAACCGUAGAAAACUGGCAAUUGCCAAAUUACAUCAGCAA